CCGGUAGGUUAUGCUGCAGAUCUAAUAGCAAGUGACGUCACUUCCUGUGUUUCCGGUGAAGCAGACAAACGACAAAUGAUGAAACAACAUGCUACUUUAACUUGUAGCCGUGUAAUACUUGAGUUGUUUAAGUAAGAAAACGUAGAUUUUAAAAGUAAUUUUCCAAGUGUACCUCAUCCCCACAUUCUCAAAUCCGACAUCGGUUCACCGGAAACGUUGUCAAGAUGCCUGUCCUGUGCAGUAACUGUGUUGACAAGCGUGCUGUGCUGAAACGUCCAAAAACGGGUCACUCACUGUGCAAGGCGUGUUUCUUCUGGGCCUUUGAGGAGGAGGUGCAUCUGACGAUUGUGGCUGCAAAUCUCUUCAAACCUGGGGAAAUAGUAGGAAUUGCUGCUUCAGGUGGAAAGGACUCCACGGUGCUCGCACAUUUAAUGAAGCUUCUUAAUGAGCGAUACAACUAUGGCCUUGAACUUAUGCUUCUCUCGGUGGAUGAGGGAAUCUCAGGUUACAGAGAUGACUCCUUGGAGACAGUAAAGAGGAAUCAGCAACAGUAUGAGCUGCCGCUGAAGAUUGUGUCGUACGAGGAGCUGUAUGGCUGGACUAUGGACGCUAUAGUGAAGCAGAUCGGCCUGAAGAAUAACUGCACCUUCUGUGGUGUGUUCAGAAGGCAGGCGCUGGACAGAGGAGCCAUCAUGCUGAAGGUGGACAAGAUAUGUACAGGUCACAACGCUGAUGACGUGGCGGAGACAGUUUUGAUGAACAUCUUGCGAGGGGACAUAGCUCGUCUGCGCCGCUGCACUGCCAUCUCCACAGCCAGCGAAGGUCAAGGGGUCGUGCCGCGCUGCAAGCCCCUCAAAUAUGCGUAUGAGAAAGAGAUUGUUCUGUAUGCUUACUUCAAGAAGUUGGACUACUUUUCCACUGAAUGUAUCUACUCCCCCAAUGCUUAUCGUGGCCACGCGAGGACCUUUUUAAAGGACCUUGAGAGCAUAAGGCCGAGCUCCAUAAUGGAUAUCAUCCACUCGGGGGAGAACCUGUCUGUGCGGGAGGGGGUGAAGAUGCCUGUACAGGGAACCUGCAACCGCUGUGGAUACAUCUCCAGCCAGUCUCUGUGCAAGUCCUGUGUGCUGCUGGAGGGGCUGAACCGAGGUCUGCCGAAGCUGGGCAUCGGCAAACACCACCGCCUGCAUGACAGAAUCCUCAACCAGCAGCCCCUCACUGAGAAGGAGGAGAGAAAGCUGAAAUCGAUAAACUUUUGACAACUGUUAUCUGUUUUAUUUACAAUAAGACUGAAGAUAAAGACUUAGACUUACAAGUCAACUGUGUUUUUUUGUUUUAAUUCUGCAUACAUUUUAUAUUUAUUGAAGGUUUGCAUGGAAUAUUUAAACGGUCUGUUCACAGCUGAUUACCAGGGAUCACUGAGAUACGAUGUACACAUACUUUGCAAUGGUUUUAAAGAAUUUGUGUUUAUCUUGAGGUAUGGUAAUGUUCAAUAAUAGAUUAAUGGUACAAGUAUCCAGUUCUUUUCAUGGUAUUUGGCUUUCUGGUCUUUUUUUGUCACAGAGUUUUAAACAUUGGCAAUGGCAUGCUUUCUUAUUUUUUUAUCUGGUGUGGGUAUGAUGACAGUUAUGGUCACAUUUCAAAGUGUUUUAUGAACUAUAAUUUAAUAAAUACAUUUUCCCAUA